UAGAGGAAGGUGUUAUUAAUUACAGAACUGAGAAGGGGCAUUUAAGCGUACAAAGCCACACACACGGGCUUACACGAUGCUGCUUCAUUGGCCCGACCACCAUGAACGUCCUCCUUAGUUAAUCGGAGUACUUUACCUCCCUCGUGCUCGAGGCAAUGUCUAGCAUUACAAAAUCAAGAUAAGACCAUGAGAGCCGCCAGCCCGAUCUUGACUUCUUGCUCACCCAAAAACCGACAGUAUUCCAUAUCGGUAAUAAGGGAUUUGUAGGCAUCAUGGAGCUCACUCUGCUAGCAAUUGCAGCUACAGGAUUCUUGCUCGUCCCACCUGGCCAUUGCUUGACACAGCGGACCACAGACGGAAUAUCUAGCUGUGGGAGUGCUUGGAUUCCUAGGGACGAUGUCACGAUUGCUCAAGGAACCGAUACGCGCAGAGGCUUUAGCACUACGGUGCAUACCUUUUGCAGCGCGGCGGAUGGGCAGACGGUGCAGCCUGGUGGGUAUCUCUCUAUGGCAACGGGAGUCUACCUUAACGGGGGUAAGGAUCCGGCGACAUACGGGAUCAUGGGAUUUGUGUAUUUUGAGGUCCAUAAUAAAGAAAGCUCAGAUCAUACUAUCUCAUCUGAUAGCUGUCAAACCUACCUCUUAGCGUUGGGUGCAGAUGGAGGCAACUGUUCCGGAAAUACUAAUCAUGAUACGAAAGGUGGCACCUGGCAAGUUGGGAACAAUGGCGUCUCUUACCACGCCCUCGCCAACGAAGCACCGCCCCAGCAAGAUGCGGUUGAUAAAUUGUUCUCCGGCGCUGCUUUAAAGGCGCAAAAUGCCAAUAAAGGCUCUGGGCCACCUUUGAAUCCUUGGCCCCUGGAUUCUUUAAAGAGUGUGAAGCCUACAAACUGCCAUAGUCAUAACGACUAUACCCGAAACAUACCGAUCUACUCGGCUAUGAGCGCGGGAUGUAUUGGAAUCGAGGCUGACGUGUUCCUCUCGAGCGGAGAUGUUAUUAUCGGCCACGUCCUUCCAACACCCGGCAGGACGCUGAAAGUCCAAUACACGCAACCGCUACGAGAUAUACUAGACCACAACAAUGGGGGCUCUCCGGGCAGCAACGGGUUAUACCAAGCCGAACCUAGACAGAGCGUCACAUUACUGGUGGAUUUCAAGACUUCCGAUGCCGGGACCUUGGAUGCCGUCGUGAAGGCUCUCCAGCCACUUCGGGAUGGAGGUUACCUGUCUCGCCUUGAAGGGGGUAAAUUCGUCGAGAGACAGAUUACUGUGGUAGCUAGUGGAAACGCGCCUUUCGAUCGAAUCAACUCCGGUGACGGUGUGCCUGACCGAGAUGUAUUUUACGAUGCCAAGGUCGACCAGUGGGACUCUAAAUUCGCCAGCACGAACUCUUACUACGCGUCGGCCGACUUCAAGGACGCGGUUGGGAGUCCCGGAAGCGUAGGUGCGUUUAGUCAGGACCAGAAAGAUAAAGUCCAAUCUCAAGUACAGAACGCUCAUUCGGCAGGGCUCAAAGUUCGUUAUUACAAUCUACCAGGAGAUUAUAUGUGGGAGCCGCUGAUGCAGCUUGGCGUUGAUCGGCUGAACGCUGACGAUAUGUACGAUACAGCAAGACUUCCUCGUGUCUAACGAGAUUAAAAGGUAGAUUGUACAUAAUAUUACAUACCUUAUGUACGAAGUAGGGCACGUGCGAUCUACUCAUUGAUGAAUAGACUACUAGAUACUGGGUAUAGUGUAGAAAGUUGAAGUUGUAGAAAUUGACAUCAAAGUACUA